CCGCUGACGACUACUGCCGGGAGCAGAGCAAAGGACAGGACAGCAUCGCUGCGCUCGCCGCGGCCGCCAGAGGGCCCAGAAAGCCAGAGAUGGAGCUGACGUCGUUUGGCUUUCUGCCCCAGGAUGACGAGAGAGAGGACUCGACCUUUGCGCUUGGCUCGCUCCUAUCCCGUGUCAGGAGCGCGCUUGGGUCCUCGGGCGAUGAUGGCGCAGCUAGCAGCAGCAGCAGCCAAGGCAACAGCAACUUGCGGCACGACGAUGCGCUCCUGGCCGCUGCGGCGAGACGCUCGCCUGACAUCGAUCGACAGAGCCGGGCGUCCUCGGUGGGUCGCAUCAGCAGCAAGAGCGCUGCCACAGCCACUGCCACGGCGACGGCUACGACAAUUCCAGCCUCGACCGCCACCCCGGCAACCACAUCAUUGGCGUCUGCAUCGGCCUCGCUGGCUGCGACUCCGCCAGCUGGAGCGAUGCCGCCCCCGUCUUCGGACGCGACCUCAGAGCGGCGUCAAAGCCAUCGCUCCAGGCCGACCUUUGCAAUACGUUCCUCCACCGGAGCGCCUGCGGUCACAUCGACUGCGUCUGCACACGCCCUGAAGUCGGCCUCGUUCAAGCCGACCCGGCUGCACCACGUCGAUGCCCUCGACGAUGCUUCUAUCGCGGGACACGCACGGAGCGAUUUCGAUGAGGACGACGAGGACGAUAUGAAUGGCGGCAGGGACGAGGAUGAGGAUGACGUGCUGACGGAGCUGAUGCGCAAGAGUGGCGUGGACAAUGCGAGAAUUGCACGGUCAAAGGCAGCAGCGGCAGCCGCCGCCGCCAUGGCUCAGCAUCGCGGCCCAGGCACAAACGCAACAGCGUCAGCCAAUGACGGUCGCAUCUCGGUCAUCCCAGGCUUCCCGCUGUCCAAGGAGACGCUCGCCGAUGAUACACGCUCCAUUCACUCUUCUUCGUCGCGCCGACCAAGGUCCGAGGUCAACAGCGAGGCACACCUUGUGUUUGCGCAUGCGCAGGGUCAUCAUCACCAGGCUUUCAAUGACGCCAGUCGGGGCCCUGCUGGUGCAUUUGUGGGCGCUGGUGCUGCCGCUGCUGGUGGCGGCGGUGGCGGUGGGCUUAGCACGAGUGCAGAGGCUUUCAGGAGGAUGAGGGGUGAGGGCGCCGUCCUCUCUCGCGCCUUUUGGAUGCCAGACGAAAACGUAAAGGAGUGUCGGCAGUGCCAGAGUUACUUCACCCCCUUUCGACGUAAACACCACUGCAGGAUCUGUGGACAGGUCUACUGCUCCCGGUGUGCAUCCAACAUCAUUGCCGGCUCGCGUUUUGGUCUUGCGGGCUCGGUGCGCGUGUGCGACUACUGCCUCCGAAUGCUGUCCGAGUACGAGAGAGCAGGAAUGCGCUCGUCGUCGAUGCAGUCCGAAUGGUCGCCCUCGAGCCCGUCGAUGAAGACGGUGGCGACGACGUAUGCGCGCAAGCGAGUCGACUCGGCCAGCAGUCUCUUUCAGCAGCAUCUCAACCACGCCGCCCAGACUGCACUUCAACAACAGCAGCAAAUGACGACCAAGGCACCCGACAAGGGCAUGAUCAGUGCACCUCUCGAGGCACAACUGCAGAGUCCCCAGGCUCAGUUUGCUGCAAACAAUCUCUUUUCGAGUGGUAUGCCUCGAAGGCCCACGGUGCCCUUGGGAAACGCCGUUGAUCACAACGAUGAGAGUUCGAGCAGGCCGUCCACCGAUGAGCCCGCGCCCUUUCGCGCAAAGUUGGGCGAAGAAGAUCGCGUGACGACGAAUCUCGACGAGGAGGCCUCCUUUGGCAGCAGCAAGCCCCACUCGACCGCCAAGGGCGAAGAGGCACCUUCACAGCCCAAGGCUAAAGUGCAAGCAUCGCAGGCGGUGGCCACUACUGCCGCCAUGGGUGCUAAUUCGUCCACGUCUUCCGUCCUCAAGCCUUUUCCCAGCCUCGAGGAGAAAGACGUCUCCUCAUCGCCACCUCCCUCCUCGGCCCCUUCAGCGGCAACCACGCCGCCGGCGGGUCACAAUUACGAUGCUUCGUCUGACACCAGGAGCCGUUUGGUUUCGGACGCCGCCUUGCGUGCGUACAGGAGGUCUAGACUCAAGAGUCGGCCCGGCCCUGGCCUCGGUCUCGACCCUGGCUCAAAGGGCAAUCUACGAAUAGCAGCGACGAUUGCUUCUGAGGCGCUUUUGGAGCCCAGCAGUCACGCUCACCUGUCCAAGCUCCUCGAGCAGAGCUUGAGGACCGCAUGCAUCCCCAGAGCCAAGCUGUGGCACCGCACACUCUUGCCCCUCGCCGUAAGCGUUGCCCGCAACAUCCACCCAAACCCGAAAGCGGGCGAGAGCAUGGACAUCCGUCAGUACAUCAAGAUCAAGCGCAACCCUGGCGGCGCCAUUCAAGACUGUCGCUACGUAGAUGGCUUCGUCUUGUCAAAGCAAGUCGCCACCAAGCGCAUGAUGAAAGCCCUCCCCCUCUCUUCGCCCCGCGUCAUGGUCGUGACUUUUGCCAUUGACUUUCACCAGUCCAGAGGCCAAUAUCUGAGCCUGGAACCGUUGUUGGCGCAGGAGCACGAGUUCACCAGGAUUCUUGUCGCCCGUAUCCUGCAGCUUCGGCCGAACAUCCUCGUCGUCAAGGAGUCGGUGUCCAGGCUUGCCCUCGAUAUGUUCCAAGAAGCUGGCGUCAUCGUAGUCUGGAGCCUCAAGGAAAGUGCAGUGCAGGCCAUUAGCCGAUGCUGUCAGGCCGACAUUAUCCCUUCGAUCGAUCGACUGGCGCUGGAGCCCCGCCUGGGCCGAUGCGCAAGCUUCGAUGUCGAGACAUUCGAGAACCAGCGUGCAAGGGGGCCUGGGACCAGAAAGACGUAUAUGCGCUUCUCGACGGCUGGUAAUGCCACCUCGCUGGGCUGUAGCAUCGUGUUGAGGGGCGCUAGCUUGGAGGUGCUGGCAAAGAUCAAAGCAAUCGUGCUGCUACUCACCUACGUGGCUCACAACUUGCGCCUUGAAGAGCGCCUUAAUCGAGACGAGGGCACGCGCUCAUGUGUCGAUCCAAGCUCGAACACGACGCGAAUCAUUGAUGACGAUGGUGACGCUAGCUUCCAAGACGACGACGAGGAAAUCAAGGAAGCGCUUCUUCCCUUUAAAGACGCUGUCCUCAGCUCGAGCGCAGCGGUGCGAAUCACGCCUCCCUUGCCCCUUGUCAGGGUCAGAGAAAGCCAUCGAGAUGUGGUCAGGCUGGCGCGCGCUCACAGGGCCAUGCCCUCGUCGGACGACGCAGUCGGGGAUCACGGUCAAGGGCUCAAAAAGCCUUCGGAGCGACAGCCAAAGUUCGACCGCGCUGUGGUACGUCGAGAUGCUGCUCGGAGAGAGUGGGAGGAGUUUCGAAGCCAAAACUUCACAUCCACGACCGACUCGACGAGAUUGCAACGCAUCGGCGUCCUCUGCUCAUUGCUGUUGUCCUCCGAGCAGAGGCCGUGCCUUGGACCCAGGCUGAUGGCUUGUCAGCUCUACGGCCCCGGUGACGAGACGCUGGGACAGUAUCUCGAGAGAACGUGUGCCGAGAGCAGUGUCCUCUGCUCGGCUCGAGGCUGCGGGCGUCCCAGGGGCGUGCACUACUCGUCAUUCAUCCACAACGGCACCAGGGUCCAAGUCGUGCUGGAGCGAUUCGUGUGUCCGGUUCCCGGUCAAGAGGAUAGGCUGCUCAUGUGGUCAUACUGCAAGAAGUGCGAAAAGGCUACCCCAGUGACGCCGGCAUCGGACGAGACUUGGAGUUUGUCCUUUGCAAAGUAUCUCGAACUACAUUUCUACCGAUGCAACAAAAAGCUCAGCUGCAGCGAGGCCACCAGGGAAGAUCCAAGUACGGGCAGUGGAACAAAAGCGAGUCCGUUGGCGUGCUCGCAUGACUAUUACGCCGACUGCGUCCGCUUCUUUUCGCUAAAGAACCUUGCGAUUCGCUUUCACAGGGAUCGAGACCUGACUGUCCGCGAUGUCGUUCUUCCUCCGCUCAAGAAGCCUCUGCCACGGCCAGACGUCGACUGUCGACUGAAGCUCGAAGAGGUGCGCACACUCGAGGAGCGCAAUGCAAGCUACUGGAACAGUGUCAUCGCCCGUCUCGGCGCGCUUCAGCGGGAAAUCUCCAGUUCUGGUGCAUCUACCUCGUCAGCGUCAGCAGCGGCAGUGGCGGCGGCAUCCAGCACAAACGCAGGCGCGACAUCUGAGUCAGAAUCCACAGGCCAUGCCCCCGCAGAAAAAACUCGCACGCAAAUUGCCUGCGAAGAGCUCGAUGAGGCCAAGAAUCGAGCCGACGAGGAUCGCAAGGCAAUCGAGGCAUUCCUCGCGGAAACCUGUCGUAAUUCGGGACCCACAGACGUCUUAGCUCUCAACAUCGUCCGCAGUCGGCUUCAAGCGACGGUGGUACGCUGGGACGUGUUCCUGCGCGAGUUUGAAAAGAGGAACCUCGUUUCGCCUGAACGCGAUGCCCGCAGGCUCACGACGCAGCACCUCUCGCGGCUGUUCCAGGAGAGGGAAAAGGAGAAGGAGCAGCACAUGCCGCUUGCUUCGUCUAUGACGCUGACUUCAUCGACGGACAAUGGCUACGACGCAGGUCCUCCAAGGUCUGCUGCCGUCUCACCAGCAUCGACAAGCGCAGUCUCAUCCCCCACACGUCCGACGAGAAUGACCGACAGCGGCAGCAUUCCCAGCACGUCUGCGCUCGCGCGAGCUCUUGAGGUGACCGACGAAGGAGGCUCGACAGACGCAAAGAGCGAGAGUGCACCUGCGACAUGGCGUCGUCGAAAGGCAGAGAGAAAGGCAGCUUCAGCCUUGCCUGGGACAAAGAAGGAAGAUAACGAUCAGAAGGACUCUUCGUCCUCGGAAGCAAAGACUUCACCAGAUCCAGACGGAAGCAAGAAAGCGGCUGCCUCUGAGACUCGCAGACCUUCGAUGCUGCCCAGAGCUCGACAGAGCGCAGAUGCCGUCCCUAGGACAUCCAGGCUUGUCUCCAGUUCCUUAGACAAAGGCUCGGAGAGCGACACGACUUCAUGGACCGGAGGUGCGAGUGGCCAGAAAGCGACACAGAGGAGACUGGCAUCUGGAAGCCACCUUCAUCGAAGUAAGAAAGAAGGACCCCCGAGCAGCUACCGCCCCAUCCGUGGGACAUUGGCGGCUGGACAAGCUUCGAGUGCGGAAAGUGACGUCGAAAACGCUACCUCUGCUCUCCGGCGUCCGGGUGUGGUCCGGCGAUCUUCAGCUGGGCAGCAGACAACGCUGGCAAAUCGAAACCGUCGACCUGAACUCAACUCGUCAACGUCUGGGAACAGUCAUACCAGCAUGAAUAGUCGGCUUCCCGUCUCCACUAGCCAAGCCAGUAAUCGCGUAUCGACGAUUGCGCGUCGCUUCGACAACCUGCAUCGAGAAGCGGAGCGCGAGCGCGAGAGGCAGAGACAGCUCAUGGCUGUGCGUGCCAGACGAGCCAGACCAGUGGGCGCGUCACAAGCCAAGGUCCAGGUGUACCGAAAUGUCAGGGACGCGGUCGGAGACGAUGACGAUGAGGAAGAAGAGGAAGUCCAUAUCGGAAAGGGCGCCAAGAAGAAGCUUCAGGGUCUCGAAGAGGAACGGCACGACGACGACGCCAAGGGAGAGGAGGCAGACGAGGAGGAUGCUGCAGAUGAUGAGAUGUCCACUGCAAUGGCGAAGACGGACACGCUCGAACCAAUAGUUCCAGUAGCGGGAACCGAUUCGAAGGCUUCGCAAUCAUCUUCGCAAGGGCCGGACGUGGCACACAUCACCGAAGACGGCGCGGAGCGGAAGAGGCUCGAAGACCAACAGGCCCAGCUGCAGAAGCAAGAGGCUAAGCAGCAGACGGCAGCUGAGGUGACGGUGUCUUCGCUCCUUUCGGGCACACUGCCAGCUUCUUGGAGGUCAAGUGACGAUGGCGCGGGCACGACCAGAGGCUCGCUUCUCAAGACCAUCACUUCCCUUUGGGGCAAGGGUGUGGGUCAACUCCCGUUGAUCGAGUACCCUAUGUUGGCGUCCGAGCACCUCUUCUCCGACUCGCCCCUUGUCGUGCUUCGGGAAGACGAGCCCAGCAGCCUGAUCGCUUUCACGCUCCACUCGUCCACCUACGCCUCGAGGCUUCAGUCUUUGAGGGACUCGCACGGGCUGGGAGAAAGCGGGCAGGGGCUCAGCAUAGAGAGGCAGCAAGAGCUGGCGAUGCGGCAGACGGAGUCGGCGCAUCUGAGCUUCGCCUUUUCCAGCGGCGAUUCCCGCUUCUCCAUUAGGGUCCUCUUCACCGAACAGUUUGACGCCCUCCGUGACGCCUGUGGGUGCCAAGACAGCUUUGUCCAGUCGCUGGCACGCUGCUGGAACUGGCUCGACUGCACGGGAGGCAAGAGUGGAGCGACGAUGAUGAAGACGCUCGAUGACCGAUUCAUCAUCAAGUCACUCUCGCGGGCCGAGAUGGAUGCGUGGGCAAACAAUGCUACAGCCUACUUUGGCUUCCUGUCAGACGUCAUCUUCCAGAACAGGCCGACGACGCUGGCAAAGAUCUUGGGGGUCUACAAGCUUACUGUGCGUAAUCCGCAGACGGGCAAGAACAUCAAGCUCGACUGCGCAGUGACGGAAAACGUCUUUGCGAACGCACCCAUGGCAAGGAUUUACGACCUCAAGGGUGCCCUUCGCAAUCGCUUUGUGACUGUCCCCUCGUCUUCCUCUGCUUCAGCUACCAAUGCCUCCACGAGUGGGCCCAACGCGUCUUUGACGACGGCGACAGCUGCCGCAGUUGCUGCCGCACCCAUGUCUACGUCUUCGCAUCAGAUCGUGCUGCAGGAUGGCAAUUUGCUCGCAUCAAAGGAUCCGCUUUUCCUCCACGAGAGCGCGAAGAGGCGUCUCAGGGAGGCUCUCUAUCAUGACUCAAUGUUUCUGGCUUCGUGCGACGUCAUGGACUACAGCCUGGUCGUAGGCGUGUCCGACGAAGAACCUGUGCUUCGCGUGGGCAUCAUCGACUUUAUUCGCACAUUCACCUUGGGCAAGAGAGCGGAGAGCUUCUUCAAGGAGCUCGGUGGUGCUGCAGCGGGAGCUGCGACUGGUGCGGGCGUACGUGAGAUCGUGGGCGGCGGUGCGACCUCGACUGGCGCGGGAGGCACGAGCGGGUCUGGGGGGUCUACGCAAGCAGGUGGUCUCGGCGUGGCCGGUCUAGGAGGAGCUACCGCGGGAGCAGGAGGGGUGCUGGCAGCCUCAGCGACGGCCGAAGGCCCAACAAUUAUUGAUCCGAAGCAAUACGCUGCCCGUUUCAAUACAUUCCUCGAUGCCAUUCUGCUCCUGGCGCCCGAUCGGUGGCUAUCGAGAGAAGAGGAGACUCGCGCGGUACAAGACCACGGGCUCGGGCUGGCUCUCUGAUGUAAAGCCGUCGAAUCUUUUCAAAUACCCGAGCUUUACACUGUCUCGUUUUCAAUCACAUGUAGUUCAUUCAAAGACGAAAUUCCAGGUAGCAGAGCAGCGUCCUGCAGCAUCAAAGCAG